AUGCUGAACAAAAUGAUCUCCUCCCUCCAGCGCCAGACAAUGCGAGGUCGUAGGCUGAAGGGGGCGCUGUCCAACCCCCUCUUUGUGCUGCUUUUGGCCCUCCAGAUCCUGGUGGUGGCUGGGCUGGUUCGCGCUCAGACCUGUCCUUCCGUCUGCUCAUGCAGCAAUCAGUUCAGCAAAGUCAUAUGCACCCGCCGCAGCCUACGGGACGUCCCAGAUGGCAUUUCCACCAACACCCGCUACCUGAACCUCCAGGACAACCUCAUCCAGGUCAUCAAGGUGGACAGUUUCAAACAUCUGCGCCAUCUGGAGAUCCUGCAGCUGAGCAAAAACCACAUCCGCAACAUUGAAAUUGGCGCCUUCAAUGGACUGGCCAGCCUCAACACCUUGGAGCUCUUUGAUAAUCGGCUUACGACAAUCCCCAAUGGAGCAUUCGAGUACUUGUCCAAGCUAAAGGAAUUGUGGCUACGGAACAACCCCAUCGAAAGUAUACCAUCUUAUGCCUUCAACCGGGUCCCCUCGCUCCGAAGGCUGGAUCUGGGGGAGCUCAAACGUCUCUCCUACAUUUCGGACGGAGCCUUCAAGGACUUGAGCAACCUGCGCUACCUGAACCUGGGGAUGUGCAACCUCAAGGAGAUCCCCAACAUCUUACCCUUGGUCAGGCUUGAGGAGCUGGAAAUGUCAGGAAACCAGCUCUCCGUCGUCAAGCCCAGCGCAUUUUUAGGAUUAGUGAACCUCCAGAAGCUGUGGAUGAUGCACGCCCAGGUCCAAACUAUCGAGAGGAAUUCCUUCGAUGACCUUCAGUCACUGGUGGAGCUCAACCUGGCGCACAACAACCUCACCUUUCUACCACAUGACCUCUUCACGCCGUUGCAUCGCCUGGAGAGGGUCCACCUCCACCACAACCCUUGGAACUGCAACUGUGAUAUCCUGUGGCUCAGCUGGUGGCUGAAGGAGACGGUACCUGCCAAUACUAGCUGCUGCGCCCGGUGCCAUUCUCCUACAGUCUUUAAAGGUCGCUACAUUGGGGAACUGGACCACAGCUACUUCCAGUGCGAUGUUCCCGUCAUCGUGGAGCCACCCAGUGACUUGAAUGUGACGGAGGGCAUGGCUGCGGAGCUAAAAUGUCGUACGAGCUCGCUCACAUCCAUCAGCUGGCUCACGCCAAACGGCUCGUUGGUGACACACGGGGCUUAUAAGGUGCGUCUGUCUGUCCUCAACGAUGGGACACUGAACUUUACUAGCGUCACAAUGCAGGACACCGGGACUUACACCUGUAUGGUUAGCAACACAGCGGGCAACAUUUCUGCCUCUGCUGUGCUUAAUGUCACUUCUGUGGAAAACAGUGGGGUGACCUAUUUUACCACAGUCACCGUGGAGACCAUUGAGACCCCGGGGGAUGAUAGCCAAACGCCGCUUCCCCCGUUUGGCUGGACGUCAUCGUCCACGACGAGAGGUACUCCCGUUUCAACAAGGACCACAGAGCGGACUUACACAAUUCCAGUUCUUGAUCCGGAUGGAGAGGGAGCCCUCAAUGGCCUGGAUGAGGUGAUGAAAACCACCAAGAUUAUCAUCGGCUGCUUCGUGGCCAUCACGCUCAUGGCUGCUGUUCUGCUGGUCAUUUUCUACAAGAUGAGGAAGCAGCACAACCAGCAGGAUCCCGAUGGCCCCGCGUCCUCCAUGGAGGUCAUAACAGUUGAAGAGGAGCUCGCAGGUGUCGCUGCCAUGGAGAGGCACCUAUCGCUGCCCCCUCUGGAGCACUACAACCACUACAACACCUACAAGAGCUCCUACCACCACGGCCCUAUGCUCAGUACCAUACACAGCUCAGCCACACAGGAACCUUUACUGAUUCAAGCCUGCUCAAAAGACAAUGUACAAGAGACCCAAAUCUGA